ACAGAGAUGUCGUGUAACGCGACAUUGAGUUGUAGAUCACACUCCGGAAUCGAAAGCAAAACGAAUGCUCUCUGAGGGCAAGAGGUUCGAAAACAAUUAAGUCAUCCGGGGGCCAGGGUUCUCUUCUAAACGUACACUCACCGGAUGAACCUGUCCUGAUCAUGUGCGAACCCUGAAUAAGGAGUCAUAGGACGUGCUUGAGUGGUUGAAGGAAAUGAAGGUAUCACGAGCGAAGUUCUUUAUGGUAGUCUUUCUAUCUUCCAUUGAUGUCAUUAUCUCAGGAUCUGUCCUGAUCAGUAGGCUUAUUUCGCAACCCAAAGACCCACAAACUUGGAAAAAGGUGAAUGACUCGUUUGUCGUUCCGUCGUCGGCAUGUUACCAAGGGAGAAUUGGAACUGGUAGUAAUUACUGCAACGAGUCUUGCACAAAAGAUGACUCAAAAGAACAGUAUUCGUGUGACUGUCCUUGGAAAUCUGCCACUGUAACUUAUGUAAAUAAUACAUGGAUAUGUCUAGAGAAUAAGAUGGUGCGAAAGAAACUCGGAUGUGCAAACAACACCCUAUUUCAUUAUGAAAGAGAGUGGCAUGAUUUAUACACACUGAGCACUCAGCCGAGGUGGGGAAGAAAAACAGCAUUGUAUGACGAGGAGGCCUCCUGUGUUUUAAACACUAGUUCUUCGUGGGUUAUUGGAUGUCAUGGGGAAAAGACUCCUGUUGACAAUCUUACUAAUAGAACAAAGGAAAUAUUUGUCUUUGGAUGGAGUAACAAGAGUAAGGCAUACUAUAUAAAGGUGGUUGAUCCAAUCGCCAUUUUGUGGGGAAGAAUAAUAAAUCUGGGAGUAAGCUGCUCCCAGCCUCCUCCUGACAGCAAAGAAGAUUGUCUACUCUUCAAACUGGAAGGAAACAUCACCUGUCCCGUUGAAUAUUCAGUGGGAUCAACGCUUAGUCCUGUAACAUCAUCCUUGGAGCUUACAUCAUCUCUUACGACGAAGGUCACUGAAGAAACGAUUUACCCAACACAGAGUAAGGUCACUAAUGAGACUAUUUACCCAACACAGAUAUCAUCUCGAGCUAACCCAGGAAAAAAAAAGAAAAGCAACGAUGUUUACUCAUCUUCAAUAACUGUUGGCAUCAUUGCCGGAGUGAUUGUUGCCGUCAUAAUUUUAUCAUUACUGAUUACUGCUCUAUUCAUCUAUCGACGUCGAAAAUCCAGAAACGCUGCCUGCUCGAUUACCAAUGGUCAAGUAGUCAGUGAGAACACCACCACGUGCAACUCAAAGACAAACCAAGCGUUUCAGCUGGAAGAAAGAAGUCGUUACGUCUCGAACGAUUCCUCUGUUAUCGAUGAUAAAAAGACGGGUUUCCUACCGCAAGGAAAUUCUGGAACUUUAACUUCAGACAACCCUUUGUACUUCGCUGUGGAAGACCUAAAAGAAAUUCAAGAACCUGUUGGCAAUGCUCAAAAUCAGUCGGAACCAAUGUACAACGAAAUAGAUGACAAUAGUGCAAUAGACGCAGACAGUGCUUCGUGGUAUGGGUCCGUGCNCAGAAGAAAAGUGAUGAGGUACACCAAAUUGACAGCACCAAAUCGAGAAGAAAAUGUACAGGACUUAGUGGGGAGGUUUACUGAUCAAAUCGAGGUAUUCGUAGGAUUAUGA